AUGAUUGAUGUGUAUUUCACAUGUGUAUGUGGAAUUCAUCCAAUGAUUGAAAAGGAAAAAUUGAAAUAUUUUGUAAAUACUUGUCUUUAUCAAUUUGAAAACAAAUCAGCAGGAGAGGAAUUAAUACUGGAAGAUAAUAUUUGGAUCAAAUCAAUUGGAGAAAUGAAAUGUUUAUAUGCUUUAUAUUUAGCAUUGAUGAGCGUAUCAUCUCAAAUUGUUGCAGAUUUGGAAACAGUUGACAAAUACUUGAAGAAGGCAGAGAUAGAGAUUGCAACUAUUUCUGUUGAACAUUCUACAGAGUUUUACUGGGCUGUUGCAUGUCAUUACUUAUUUAUUGGAUUUGUUGGUGAAGGAGAUCAGUACAAAUUGGGAUAUUACCUUGCUAAAGUGAACUAUUUCAUUGAAAGUCAAUCAGAAACUUGUACGAAUCCAUUUUUAAAAAUUUUGUGUGCAAAUUCUAAUUUAAUUUCAUCACGAUACAAGACUGAAAUAUUUACUUUACAGACAUUGUUGGAGGGAACGAGGAAUAUGUUUCAUUUCUUUACUAAUCGUAAAGUGGAGGAUGUGCUUCUUCCAGGAACAUGGGAUUACAUGAUGAAUACGAAACUAUCUCAACAAAACUAUUUACUUUUCAAGCAGGUGUUAGAUUUCAUUUUCAAAGUGUUUAAUCAUUGCAAACACGAUAUCACCAAAAGUGUGAAAGAUUGUCAUGGUGAGGAUUUUUUCAAAAUUCAGAGAUUGUUUGCAUGUUUACUUUCAGAAGGUUUCGCAUUCAUGUUUAUGAAGCAAAUUCCUGAGAUUAGUUUCAAUGUAAUGGAAGAAAUUGCAUUGAAAAUUACUCUAAUGACUGAACAUGAAUUGUUUCCUGUUCUAUUUCUUGCAACAGUCGGAUUUGCUAUUGAGGCUGGAGAAUUUCAUCUCCAAAUUUGUAAAGAAAUUGAAAUGGGGCUCAAACCAAGAACUGGUGCUGUGAAGGGAGUUUCAGGAAGGUUAAUUACAUUCGAUUACUUUUCAAUACUUGAAAAAGAUUUGAGAGCUCUCAAUUUAUUGGCGGCUAGAUAUAGAAGAAUCACCAAAUUCUAUUCGAAACUCAUGACUGAAAUGAGUCAAAUAAUUGAGAGAAACAAGACAAUAGAUAUGCUAGUUCAUACAAUUUCUUAUUCUGAAAUUCAAACUACAAGUAGUCAACCUCCUCAACAAGAUGAAAUCCUCAGAAAACAAUUAGAGCAAGCAGAUUUCGAAUCAUUUCUAACAGACUAUCCGCUAGGUGAUGAAUUGUGA